AUAUAUAUUACUACUCAGUUACUGUUUUGCAAAUCUUUUGUCAGCCCACUACCAAUAUUUAACCUAUAUCCAUUUAACCAAUAACCAAACUGAGUUGGGGCCAAUAGGGACCCUCAACUGUCUCUUGGCUUCAGAGCAAACUAUAGGUCCCCAGUCCGUCAAUCUUGUGGCCCAGUCCAGACUCCAGUCCGUUAUGAUCCACUCCCUUUUAUCCUCCGUCCCCCUCUCUGAAUCCAGCGCUGUGAUUGGACGCUGGCUGCUUGUCAGGAAGAAAGAGCUGCUGUGUUGAGGCCGAAAACUCAGACACAACCAGGACUUGGACGGCAGUGGAAUACCUCCACGCGGGAUGUAGCCUACACUUCACUGGACACUCGCAGGACAUUUUUAAGUAACUGACCGUCACCGACUGAGUCGCCGUGCUUCUGCUGUCGAGGCCGCCGCGGUUCUGUUUCUACCCCCCCCUCGGACUGUGUGUCGCUGCCUGCUGGUCGCAGUAAUCCAGACCCGCUGUUAUUAAUGAGACUGAGAGGAGACUUGAGCUGCUGUGUCGCGACACAGCCACAAACCUGCCAGAGAUUGAAGUCCGGAGGAAACAUAACGUCUCAUCUGUCAUCGCUGGUAGCCGGGGCUAACUGCUGAUGCUGCCGGACCGAUAAACAACCUGAUAAGGCUCCAACUACAUGGAACAAGUCAGCGGCGGCGGACCUCCGUCUCAUUUUGUGCAAGACGAACUGUUAUGACUGACCUGAAGACACCGUUCUCCGUUUGAAACAGCACCGUGGGCUUUAUUCCUGUGGAUUUAUUUGACUAAAGCGUCCUGAAAAGCAGCUGUUUGUAGUCUCUCUGCAUCAGUGCAAUGAAUCGGUCUGGACAACAGCUGCUACCCACAUAGAGGUCACUUUACCUCUAUUUGUAUUUGCUUUGGUCCAGAGGAUGCUGGUAAUGUGUCGCGGGCGCAGGAAGUUCCUGGCGGCCUCCCUCGCCCUGGUCUUCAUCCCAGCACUCACCUGGCUUUACUUGUCAGUUGGGAGCUUUCAAGUGAAACCCCUGCCACUAUCUCCACUGGAGGUCCAGUCAUCAACACCAGUGGGAGGAGCAGGCGAGCGGCAGGCUUUAGAACUGCGGGUCCGGGCAGUGGAGGAGGAGAACCGUGCACUGCGGCGAGAGCUCAGCCGGCCACCCAGGAGCCCGUCGGCACGCCUUCCACACGGCAGGCACCGCGGCAACCAAAGCCGAACCCACUCAGAGGAGGGCACCGGCGACAAUGAGGGCCAGAAAGCUGCCGCAGUGGGUAAUAGCUCAGACUGUGUGCAGCAGCCGGUGGUCGAUAAAUGUGAGACGAUCCACGUGGCUAUCGUAUGUGCAGGUUAUAAUGCAAGUCGAGAUGUGGUGACGCUGGUUAAAUCGGUCCUUUUCCACAGGCGGAACCCCCUACAUUUCCAUUUCAUCACAGACUCCAUUGCUCAGCAGAUCCUGUCCUCUCUGUUCCAUACCUGGAUGGUUCCUGCUGUCAGGGUUGACUUCUACGACGCAGAUGAGCUGAAGUCUGAGGUGUCAUGGAUCCCGAACAAACAUUACUCCGGGAUCUACGGUCUGAUGAAGCUGGUGCUCACCAAGACUCUGCCGUCCGAUCUGCAAAGAGUCAUCGUUCUGGACACGGAUAUCACCUUUGCCACUGAUAUCGCUGAACUCUGGGCUGUCUUCCACAAGUUCAAAGGUCAACAGGUCCUGGGUCUGGUGGAGAACCAGAGCGACUGGUACCUGGGGAACCUGUGGAAGAACCAUCGACCGUGGCCGGCUCUGGGCAGGGGCUUCAACACCGGAGUGAUUUUGCUUCUCCUGGAUCGGCUGCGGAAGCUGAGAUGGGAGCAGAUGUGGAGGUUGACUGCGGAGAGAGAACUAAUGAGUAUGCUGUCCACCUCCCUGGCAGAUCAGGACAUAUUCAACGCUGUGAUCAAACAGAACCCUUUCCUGGUUCACCAGCUGCCGUGCUUCUGGAACGUCCAGCUGUCCGAUCACACCCGCUCUGAGAAGUGCUACAAAGAUGUUUCAGACCUCAAGGUGAUCCACUGGAACUCUCCCAAGAAGCUGCGAGUGAAGAACAAGCAUGUCGAGUUUUUCCGGAACCUCUAUCUGACCUUUCUGGAGUACGAUGGCAACCUGCUGCGGCGAGAGCUGUUCGGCUGUCCCAGCGAGGCCGACCACAACAGCGAGAACCUCCAGAAGACUCUGUCGGAGCUCGAUGAAGAUGAUCCUUGUUACGAGUUUCGUCGAGAGCGAUUCACCGUCCAUCGAACACACCUCUACUUCCUCCACUAUGAGUAUGAACCCAGCUCUGACAACACUGACGUCACUCUAGUCGCCCAGCUCUCUAUGGACAGGCUCCAAAUGUUGGAGGCCAUCUGUAAGCACUGGGAGGGCCCCAUCAGCCUGGCCCUGUACCUGUCCGAUGCCGAGGCCCAGCAGUUCCUGCGCUACGCUCAGGGUUCCGAGGUGCUGAUGAGCCGUGGGAACGUAGGUUACCACAUCGUCUACAAAGAGGGACAGUUCUACCCAGUCAACCUCCUGCGUAAUGUGGCCAUGCGGCAGGUCAACACACCCUACAUGUUUCUAUCGGACAUCGACUUCCUGCCCAUGUAUGGCCUCUACGAGUAUCUCAGGAAGUCAGUGGUGCAGCUAGAUAUGGCCAACACCAAGAAAGCUCUGGUGGUUCCAGCCUUUGAGACGCUGCGAUAUCGCCUGUCCUACCCAAAAUCCAAGGCUGAGCUGCUCUCUCAGCUAGACAUGGGGACACUCUUCACCUUCAGGUAUCAUGUGUGGACUAAAGGCCACGCACCAACUAACUUUGCCAAAUGGCGGACUGCAACCACACCCUACAGGGUGCAGUGGGAGGCGGACUUUGAGCCCUACGUCAUGGUGAGGAGGGACAGUCCUGAGUACGACCGCCGCUUUGUGGGCUUCGGCUGGAACAAGGUGGCUCACAUCAUGGAACUGGAUGCACAGGAGUACGAGUUUGUGGUUCUGCCCAACGCCUACAUGAUCCACAUGCCUCAUGCGCCCAGCUUCGACAUCACCAAGUUCCGCUCCAAUAAGCAGUACCGGGUCUGUCUCAAGACCCUGAAGGAGGAGUUCCAACAGAACAUGUCGCGGCGCUACGGCUUCGCCGCCCUCAAGUACAUGACGGCCGAGAACAACAGCUAGCUACCACUGCACACUCUCUCACCCCCUGUGCUGAACUACUGACACACUCCACAGGCUGUGGAGGGGGGGGGGGGUGGAGGGCACAUGAAACAGACGGCCCACAUGAGGCCAUCAGGAUACUUUGAGACUCGAGUCUCUCUGACUUUGUUAGAACUUUUGACCCUCGAUAUGGGACUUCACUGCUGUGGAUAGAAGAGAUGAUCCAGGAUCUUAAAGCUGUGAAAGAUGACAUGAGUGACUGCCGGACAUGGGCCCCAGCUGUGUGGCCCCUGACCUCCAUCUGUGGAAUCUGUCAGACAACAGGCAAAGGAAAUGAAGACGUUCAAUGCCUUGCCAUAUUUGUAAGACCAGUGACAAAGUUGUGGGCUACAUGUAACAUUAUGUAUGUAUGCGUGUGUGUGUGUGUGUGUGUGUGUGUGUGUGUGUACAUGCAGAAAGAUGGAAAGUGCAACUGUGUGUGUGUUCCUUCAGGCCGGCGCUUAGCAAAAAGCUUAAGGAGAGCUGAAGAUGUGAAGCGUCGUGGGCUUUACAUUGUGUUUGCACGCUGCAGAGAGAGAUGCCUUCCAAGUGCCACAACGUAACAAAAAGCAGCUGCAGUUUGACUGACAGCGCACCCCGACUCAAAUGCAAAUUGUCAGCAAGCAGCAAGAUAAGACAAAGCGGUAAACAUGUCCACACUGAUUUUGAAAAUCUCAUUGUGACGAGUGACACACACUCAGAUAUGGAGGCGAGCAGCCAGUCAGCCAGCCGUCUGCUGCUGUCGAAUUUGUCUCAUAGCUGAUGAAGAUCAGAAUAAAUCCUCUUCCUAGAAUGACAAGGGAAGUGAAGUGCAAGGAGAGCCGGAGGUCGUCCACACGGUUGAUAUUCAGGGUAUCUCUAUGUUAGCCUGAGCGUGCUACUAGCCAGUGUUUCCAGUGUUUUAUUACGAUUACAGAAUCUGACAGAAGCUAGUGCAGUGGGCUUUUUUCUCUCUAUUUUAAACGGACGCCUGACGCUCUGCACACACACCUGCUGGAAGUCCUGUCGGUUUGUUAAGCUACCAGCCCACCACACACGAGCAGCAUGUGGCGAAGCACCAAUCACUGUUUACUUUUCUGUCCAACAAUCAGUGUUAUCUAUCAGUGUGUUUACAGUCCCAAUGAUGGAGCAGGGAGAGUCAGUCAGAGUGUCUCCUGGAGGAGAGCAGUGGACGACAGGUUUCAACUCUCAACAUGAACCAACUUACUGGCCAGAGCCAGAGAGCCGCAGUCUCUCUCUCUCUCUCUCUCUCUUCCUCUCUCUCUCUCUCUCUCUCUCUGGUCUCUAGUUUUAUGCAGGUGGUCAGUAAACAGUGUGUGUGAAUGAUGCUACAGCUCGUAGUCUGAUAUUGUGAUAAAGUUGGAUGCUGUACUCAGUAUCAGACUAAAACUAACCGUAUUAGUGAACAGUAAUGAGCAACAACAGAUUAUGAUUUGUUUUUUUUUUAUUUCAUCAUUUAUUUGGCUACGACAACACAAAUAGUUCCACAACUGGACUUGUACUGGACUGUUGCUAAGCAACACACAAACAUUUCCCUGACCUGCACAGUAGCUUGCUACUUUGUCUACAAAUUGCCUCAGGUGUGCGCUGAAGUAUCCAGGCUUCUUCCUUCAUCCUCUCCUGACGACCACACAUCAUUUCAUUCAAAUGUAACUUCUGGAAAUAUUUUCAUCUUUGCAAAGUUUGUUAGAGUCUAAGAUAGAUAACUACCGUUAAUGUAACACUAAUUAAAAGUUAAUAGAACACCUGUACAGUGGAGUAAUACAUGUAGUUAAAAGUCCCAGUGCUGUUGUACUCUAUAUCAGCACUCAUGCAAUGACUCUUGUCCAAUCAAAUUACUUGGUCGGAACUAACUGUUUUGUAAUAACUUCUCUAUGUUCAAACCCAGUGUCAGUGUUUGUACCAGCCAACCAAACAUCUGCUAAACAUCUGCCAAACAUCUGCCGGGUCAUAGUCAGAACAGCUGGGAAAUCUCUUUCCAGUUCUCUGGAGAGACUGUGACAGUUUGACUUUUUAUGUUCUGAUUUGCUGAUGAAGUUUUGUUUUCAUCAAGGUGUCAGCCAGGUCAAGUUUAGUUUUGUCCAUAGUUUUUCUCCCUUUUUAAAAUUAUGUCAAACUACACAAAGAAUGCACAUACACAUUGAACAAUUGUUCAAGCCCCACAAAGAACACAAACACAUUUUUUUUACCGCAAAAAAAAUAUUUUAAGAUGUUCAACAAAUCAGCCCAAAUCCUAAAGUCACAAAACCAAAAAAAGAACAAUCCAACUCAAAAUUCCAUUCCAUUUUAGUUAUUUUCAGUCCAGGUAAAAAUACUGUUGACAAAAAAACUACUUAAAUUCCGUUUGUUUUGAGAGUAAAAUUAAGUUCAGUUCAGUUCGCAAACAAAAGAAACAGAAAAAUAAAGUAGACUGUGACUAUAAUAUUAUACUGAUAAAAAUAUAAAGCCACUGCUGUAUCACUGAGUAUCUACGUCGAUGUGCACGAUGUAUGUUAAUGACAAUUAAAUAUAGAAUGAAAACAUUAAAACUAGUUACUGGGCAAAGUCAUGAUGUAUGAAUACAAUACAGACAACAGAAUUUACCCAGAGUACUUUCAAAUAUGAAUAUGAAGAAUGUAAAUUGUGUUCAUCUCACUGUGAGUUCUGACAGGAAUUUUAUAGGAAAGUGAAAGAUUAAACUAAAAAUCCAGGUAAGACUACAGUCUGUCUGGGUUUUCCCUGUCCACAUGCACUUUAUUGGUUUUAAUUAUAGCACUUUAGCAAUGAUGAACUUCAUGAACGGACGAGCAGAAGAAAAGCUGUAUGGUCUUUACGGGGUCACACUCGUGCUGCUUCGCUCACACUGAGCGAUGAACCGUGACACCGGAGCAGCUCAGUGUGUGUGAUCGUAUGUGUUGAAGUCACUGAAGCGUCUUUCUUCCGUUCACCGGGAGGACAAGUGGCUGAUUGUAUGUGUUUACAAAAUAUCAAGGUUAGAAUGUGUCUCAAAAACCUCUUCCAGAAGUGAUCCAGGUCAGUCUCUAAUAACCUCCUCCCCAAGAAAUAGAAUUCACAUAAAUCCAUGAUCCAGUUGAAAUAUCUGAACAAAAAAAAAAUCAAGCAAGUGGACCUUGACCUGGGAUUGUUUUUUGUCAUGCUAAAUGACACAAUUUUUAAGAUGUGUUUCCCUCAGAUUUCUUUCCAGAAUCUCAGACACAGUAGAUAUAGUUUGAGUAGAAGCUGAUCAUCUCAAUAAAGUUCUGUGAAACCAGCAGCUUGUGCAGGGACGAACCCCCACAGAUUAGAUUAUUAAUGAGCCCCAACCUCUCAGUCUGCUCUGUGGUUCUGCACAUGGUGGCUCCCCAAGUACAUACUGUAGAGAAACUAGAGGCCUCUAUCUCUCUCUCUCUCUCUCUCUCUAUCUCUCUCUCUCUCUCUCUCUGUGUACAGGAAAGCUGCAGAAGGGCUCGGUGCAGUCAUGCAGGUGUGUGUGUAAGUGAAUAGGCUGUUUCUGAUUGUAGAUGUCUGUUCGGUUUGCAGGUUUGUGUGUGUGUGUGUGUGUGUGUGUGUGUGUGUGUAUUAUGUGUGUGUGUUUGACUCUGAAUGUGUGCGUGGCUUUGCAGGGCUGGGAGGAGCUGCAGUGUGUAAGUAGGACAGUGCUGACUGAUGCUGCUACCUGAAUAAAAGCAAAGAGUCAAACACUC